GGCCGGGCUUGGUGCGGCGGGGCUGGCUCGCGCGGCGGCGGCGCGGGCCGAGGCCUCUUGCUUCUGCGGCACGUGACGGUCUAGCCGUCUCCGCCGCUGUCUCCACUGCAGCGCGGGGCCAGGUGUGCGGGCGGGAGCAGGCGCGAGCGCCGCCGGCAGUCCCGGGAGGCUUGAGAUCAUGGGAGGGAAGUGGUUGCUGUGUGUGUUUUUGGCUCUCGUAACAACUGCCGUCCUGGCUCAUGAGGGACAUGAUGAUGAUAUGAUUGAUAUCGAGGAUGACCUUGACGAUGUCAUUGAAGAGGUGGAAGACUCCAAAGCCAAACCAGAUGCCAGCACUCCUCCAUCUCCAAAGGUCACCUACAAAGCUCCAAUUCCUACAGGGGAAGUAUACUUUGCUGAUUCCUUUGAUAGAGGAACUCUUUCAGGGUGGAUUUUAUCCAAAGCUAAGAAAGAUGACACUGAUGAUGAAAUUUCCAAAUAUGACGGAAAAUGGGAGGUGGAUGAAAUGAAGGAAACCAAGCUUCCAGGCGAUAAAGGACUUGUAUUGAUGUCUCGGGCCAAGCACCAUGCCAUCUCUGCUAAGCUGAACAAGCCCUUCCUGUUUGACACCAAGCCUCUUAUUGUUCAGUAUGAAGUGAAUUUCCAAAAUGGAAUAGAAUGUGGUGGUGCCUAUGUGAAGCUGCUUUCUAAAACUUCAGAGCUCAACCUGGAUCAGUUCCAUGACAAGACACCUUAUACGAUUAUGUUUGGACCAGAUAAAUGUGGAGAAGACUAUAAAUUACACUUUAUCUUCCGUCACAAAAACCCCAAGACAGGUGUAUAUGAAGAAAAGCAUGCCAAGAGGCCAGAUGCAGAUCUGAAGAGCUAUUUUACUGAUAAGAAGACACAUCUUUAUACAUUGAUCUUAAAUCCAGAUAAUAGUUUUGAAAUAUUAGUGGACCAAUCUGUUGUGAACAGUGGAAAUCUGCUAAACGACAUGACUCCUCCGGUAAACCCUUCACGUGAAAUAGAGGACCCAGAAGACCAGAAGCCUGAAGACUGGGAUGAGAGACCAAAAAUACCAGAUCCGGAUGCCGUUAAGCCAGAUGACUGGGAUGAAGAUGCCCCUGCUAAGAUACCAGAUGAAGAGGCCACAAAGCCAGAAGGCUGGUUAGAUGAGGAGCCUGAGUAUGUCCCUGAUCCAGAUGCAGAGAAGCCAGAGGACUGGGAUGAAGAUAUGGACGGAGAAUGGGAGGCUCCUCAGAUUGCCAACCCUAACUGUGAGUCAGCCCCCGGGUGUGGUGUCUGGCAGCGACCUAUGAUUGACAACCCCAAUUACAAGGGUAAAUGGAAGCCUCCCAUGAUUGACAAUCCCAACUACCAGGGAAUCUGGAAACCCCGGAAAAUACCAAAUCCAGAUUUCUUUGAAGAUCUAGAACCUUUUAAGAUGACACCUUUCAGUGCCAUUGGUUUGGAGCUGUGGUCCAUGACAUCAGACAUUUUUUUUGACAACUUCAUCAUUUGUGGCGAUCGAAGAGUAGUUGAUGACUGGGCCAGCGAUGGAUGGGGUCUAAAGAAAGCUGCUGAUGGGGCUGCCGAGCCUGGUGUUGUGGGGCAGAUGAUUGAGGCAGCCGAGGAACGCCCCUGGCUCUGGGUGGUCUACAUUUUGACUGUAGCUUUGCCCGUGUUUCUUGUCAUCCUCUUCUGCUGUUCUGGAAAGAAACAGCCCAGUCCUGCAGAGUACAAGAAGACUGAUGCUCCUCAGCCAGAUGUUAAGGAGGAGGAAGAGGAGAAGGAAGAGGAAAAAGACAAGGGAGAUGAGGACGAAGGGGAAGAGAGACUUGAAGAGAAGCAAAAAAGUGAUGCUGAAGAAGAUGAUGGCACUGUUAGUCAAGAGGAGGAAGAGAAAAAACCUAAAGUGGAGGAGGAUGAAAUUUUGAACAGAUCACCAAGAAACAGAAAGCCUCGAAGAGAAUGAAACAAUCAUAAGAACUUGAUCUGUGAUUUCUUCUCCCUCCCCUUUCCCUGCAAGUGUGGUCCUAGGAGCAGACCUGGCACACAUUAGGUUGAAUGAAGCUCAGAAAACCUUCAGAUGUCAUCAUCAACAGGUUCCAGUUGAACACUAGCCCGUGUAAUUUUAAACACCUAGCAGUAAAUAAUUGCAGUUGUGACAUAAAGGACCCUGUUUCUGUAGAAAGAAAGCAUUUAACAUAAUGUUGUGAAAUGUAACAUGAAGCAACUAACUUGAAUUUUUGUUUUGUUUCUAAACACUUUUUUUUUUUUAAUAGAGUGGUAGAAUUUUGCCAAUCUUGAAAAUUCUGGCUGAAUUUAAUAUAUUAAUUGUUCAUGCAGAAGUAACAGCAACAUUUAGAAAUGCUAGGGAGAUGAAUUGCAGUUUUUAUAAUUUGUUCUGUUUUUGUGGGGUUUUCUUGUUUUUUUGUUUUUAAGCUUCAUAGAACAAAACAUUCAAGUGUCUCUGUCCCUUGAAAUUGAUGAUCAUGUUUCAAGUACAGUCAUUUGUGGUUGUAAUCUUGUUAAGUUUGCUGCCAUUACUUGAUUCUUCCGAAGGAAAUUGAGGACAGGGAUUGGAUGAAAGACCAAAUUUACAUAAAAGUUUUAUUUAAGUUGUAUUAAAAUUAGACAUUCAGAAGGAGAAAGAAAAAAAAAAGGCAAGAAAAAACUUUGACUUGUUAUUAGUUAGACCAUGAUGUGCAUGUGUUCUGUUGCCCUUGGAGCAUAUCAGUUCCCAGACAGCUUUGCAUUUUUGCAUUUAGUGGAAGAAGUGACCUGACAUGUCACUGGGGGCAUUUAUCCUUCAGGAGUGUCUGGGCUCUGACCUCAGAUAGGUGGCUGUUGAAAGAACAGUAGUGGGGACAGGAGCUCCAGAGUAGGUACAGAUGUUUUCAUUACAUCUUCCACUGUGUCGACACUGUUUCCCUUCCCAUUAUCCCCUACUUUCUCGCUUUCUCUUCUAUGCAUUUUCUUCACAGCGCAGCUUGCAGUUCGUUGCUGAAAAUGAUUAUAAGCUCUGCAUAGUGUUAAGCUUUAUUGUGAUUGCGUGUCUAUUUCUGCCUUUUUUUAAGAAACCUUCAUCUCUCCAAGGUCAGAGUACUAGAAUACUGUCUUUCAUUUUUCAUCUAUUUCUUUUACUCUGAUGAAUCCAGAGGCAAGCCAAUUCAGAGCUGACUGUAAUUGAACACAGGCUAAAAGUAUUUAUGGGAGGAGUGACAUAUAGCAUGAAUUACCUGAUGAUUUUUUUUUAACUGUUGAACCUUUAAUGUCUUUCUUUGCAGUUCAUGUAACAGUUAUAAGUCUUAACUUACAUGAUAGAGCAAACUUUUUUUUUUUUUUAAUUAUGUGACCUGUAGAAUUUUUUAAAAGGUGAUCUUAGGGCGUUUUUUUUUCUUCAUGUGGAAUGCAGAUGGGUGCUAUCAGAGUCUCUACCCCAUCACUAUAGUGUAAUAAUAACGCUAUUACACCACACUGAAAUGUAUUCAGAACUAGAUGUUGUCUUAGCUUUAUUCUUUGUUCAGAGGUGUUUCAAAUGUACCGAUGAUACUGUUCUUGCACUGAAUAUAUAAGCACUGCAGAGUGUUUAUAUCGGGGAGAUAUUGGGGAGAAAGUAUAUUCAUAAAAAGAUGAAGGCUGUAUCUGUUUAUUUUGUUUAUCCUCGACUUUUUACUAUUUCACUUAAAUUCUUAUCAGGAUGGGAUACAUUUUUCUUGCUGUUCAGUACUUUUUUUCAUCUGUUCUGUGGUCAUAGUGACCAUAGCUAUGUAGCAGACUUUCCUAAAUGUACUGAGUGCAAAUAAACAGUUACUUAGCAAGACCAGAAGAUAAAGUCUGCAGGUUUCUCCUCGAAGCCAAUGUGUGGUCAUUGUCCUGCUUUCUUCAUUUUCUAUUGAUGAUGUACUUCUUGCCUCACAGUUUCUUCCAGCUGAGCUGUGGAAAGAGAAAUUUGGAUCAAUAGAGUCUUCAUUUACCUUUUUGGAGUCAUUUAGCAAAAAAAAAAAAAAAGGGGGGGGGUCUUUUAAUUUUCUUUUUCAUUUUUUGUUUGAAUAUACAGUCUCCUGAUUGCCUAGCAGAUUAAUGAAUGACCGAUUUGACACAUUGAUGAAUGGCCAGCGGCAGUGUUCAGCUCUUAAAAAGGCACCUCUGUUAAGAUUUUACAUGCUGGUUAUCUGUCCCAAUGCUGUAAAACGUCCCCUCCAUCACAUGUGUUGCUCAGUUUCUCUUAUCCACAAAAUACUCUCCAUUUUUCUGAAGUUGUCACGUUACUAAAUGGUAUUACAUUAAAGCCUUGUGUUAAGUGUC